AUGGAUAAAAUGAAAGAAGGUUUGCAGCGACGAGCGCGUCGAAUGCAAGAAAAUAUACAGCAGUCAGUUGGACUUUCCGAAAAAAGAGAUGAACUGCAAAAUGUUACACAUUUGGAACAAAGAAAUCAAAAAAUCGUAAGUGCUAUCAAGAAUACCCGUCAAAAUCUGCAGUCUUGUAUACGAAGCGGUAGUAAAGAGGAUACACUUGAUAAGCGAAAGCGUCGAGUGGAAGAGUAUGGAUUGUGGCAGCAGUUACAUUCGGAUGCAAAAGAGGUCGAGAAUGCAUUUCCAAGAGAUGAACCACCUUUAUUAGCUAAUAUAUUGCGAAUGUACGGUGAGGUGAUCGGAGCGAUCAUCGAAGAAAAAGUUCUUACUGAACAAUUGAUCGAGAAGAAUGUUAUUGAUGCAUUCACGAAGUAUAUCGAGGAAGAAAAGGCACUCUCAAAGGCCAAAGAGAAACUAACACGCACGGCAGUAGAUGCAGAGGUGUGUCGGAAAAGGCGUCAAGCAACUCAUGAUGAAGUGAAAGCGCACGACAUUCAGGAUGAAUAUGAUAAGUUGCAAAUUAAACUCGAUAAUUGCAAGGAUAUUGUGUACGCGGAUAUUUAUUCACUCGCUUCAAAAGAAGCUGAAAUGGGAAUCGUAUUUAAAGAUUUAGUUGAUGCUCAAAUUGAAUACCACCGACGUGCUCUGCAAAAAUUCGAAAACAUUCUCCCGGACAUUGACCGAAAAAUAGCGUCGUAUUCUCGUCGACCAGUGUUCGGUUGUCAUUUGGAGGAUCAUUUACGUCAUACAAACCGUUCAAUUGCUACUGUUCUAGAAGUCUGUUGUUCGGCAUUGAAACGCUACGGUUUUAAUGAAAAGGGUUUAUUCCGAGUGAAUGGUCAUAACAAUCGUAUUCGACGUCUGAAAUGUGCAUUUGAUGCACAUCAAAUAACUGCACAGUCAACCGAAUUAAGUGAAUAUAUCAAUGAUCCGCAUUCGAUUUGUUCCGUUUUGAAAUGUUACCUUCGAGAGUUACCUGAACCUUUAAUGACACAUCAGUUGCACUCUCAAUGGGUUCAUAUUGCAAGAAUGGAUGCAGAUCAUAGAUAUGAUGCUAUCAAGAAGUUGUUACCGUCACUUCCUGAAGAUAAUCGUCGUAAUCUGGCGUAUUUGAUUCAUUUUUUGAAACUGAUGCUCAAUCAUCAAGAUCAAACUAUGAUGAAUGUUGGAAAUUUAUCGAUUGUUUUUGGGCCGAAUCUAAUUGAUGGAGGAACGGAAACACAAUCGGAAACUAUGCUUGGUUCAAAGCUUGUUGAGACACUUCUCAUUAAUGUGGAUAAAUUCUUUCCGAAAGAUAAAUUCAAUUUCAAUUUUGAUUCACCUUUAACAGAUUCGUUUAAUCAGCGUCUGACUGAUUUGAGUGGUGGCUUCGAAGCGAACGAACGAACUGCCACCCCUCAGCGUUCCAUUCAGCAGUCACCAAACACCACAGAUAACAGCAGCAACUCCACAAUUGGGAGUACAGCUCCAGUGGCAGCAAAGUCAAGAACUGAAGUAGCAUGUGAGAAACAAGCAGCAUCAUCAACUCCAUCUCUCACUAGACCCAGGUGUCCCGCACCUCCCCCUCCUUUUCGCCAACAAUCAUCAAAUAUCACCAGUGCAAUCUCGUCAAGUCUAGAGCAUUUAAAUACGUCCUUAAUGGGCAAAAGCCAGUUCAGUGAUUCGUCAUCGAACGAUUCUAUGGCUGAAUAUGCAUAUAGUAACCCCUGUGCAGCCAAUGAUAACUCGAGUGCUAUAAAGGACUUGAUCAAUUCAUCAGGUCUGUUAAAGCUGGAUGUAGAUGAAUCGUCAUCGAUAAUGAGUCGUUCAUUGAACGAACAGCAAUUACCACGUCCAAACAGACCACCACCUCCCCAAUAUCAUCAGUCAUCACUAAAAAAAAAUCGCUCAUCAAAUGAUGAUAAUAAAGCGUCAGUCUUCGCAAAUCGACCGCUUUCCUAUAUGAAUGCCAUCGACUCAUUAUCGCAACAGCAAAACAUCACAACCACGAGCGCACCACCUCGAACCACCACGUCAAUCAAUAAUAAUUAUCAAAAAACAUCCAUUAUCACAAUAAACAGUGCUGAUUAUCCUUCUCAACAGUCAACAACAAUUACUAAACCACAUUUACCAGUAAAACCUCGAACAACAACUGCGUCACUUAAUAACGAAAUCACGAAACUUUAG